AUGAGCGGUAAAGGCUUCGAUGACGACGAUCAAAUCUACCUGAAAUUCCUAACGCUAACAUUAGGGUGGACAAAUUCUCUAAUCUACGUGGUAACGAUGCACUUGCUCAUUGUCACCGUCGAGACUUGCUUGUUCUGGCCUUUACUACCAAAUUACCCCCACGUUUGGGGAGAUUAUAGUGUUAUCGGCAUGGUGAUUUUUCAAUACAUUACUGGCGUGAUAGGGUAUGCUUCCGUGUCGCAUCCUUUCACAGCCGUGGCGUUUUCGAUGGGAACAAAAGCGACUUGGUUCCAACCACAUUACUUCGGCCUCUGCUCUGUCGCUUACGUUCUCCUCGUGAUCGUCGCUGAAUUCGAAGACGACGUGGUGGUCAAACGUUUCGCCGAUUGGAUCAGCCACAUGCUUGGAUUAUCUGCUCUAGCAUGCCUCGUAGCAAUUGUGUCCGUGGAGUUCGCAAUCGGAUUGGCUUCUCUUACCGCUCUCGUUAGUUUCUGGUAUCUCGUGAAAUACCUUAAGAGCCACGAAACCUUAAACCCUUCAUCCCUAGAUUCAAGCUGCAGCUCAGAGAAGUUAAAUCUUGUCAUCUUGGCGGCUCUUGGAGGAGCCAUGGUGUUUGUCCAGAUUGGAUUAGCCAUGGGAUCACUUGAGAAAACUAAUCUGUCCCCGGUUUACUUUGGAGUCUCCUCUGUUUCGUAUGUGUUCUUCCGAGUCAUUGAAGUGCUUGAAGAGAACGUCACUAUCAAAUCAGUCUCUGGUCAUAUGAGCCGUUCUGCAGGAAUACUCAGUCUUGUUUGCUUCGUGGGAUUGGUUUCUAAAGAAUUUGCCUUAGGUAUCUUCGUCUCUACGUUAUUGUUAGUCUUGCGGUACAUUUGCAAGAUUUGGUGCGCUAAUCCAACUGCUCAAGAUUUGGCCGCGGAAGUUCAAACGCUACGUUAUUGUUAGUCUUGCGGUACAUUUGC